AUGAAGGCUGCCAUCCCCAUCCUCCUCGCCGGCUUCGCUGCGGCCGCCGACCUAGCCAGCCAAGACUUCCGCGUCAACAUCAACGACAAAACCGGCGCCAUCGACAAAAUCACCGACCCGCGCUUCAAGAACGCUAUGAACUGGGACUCCCUCCACCGCCAUUUCUGGAACUUCCCCCAGAUCACGAAGCGCGACAACACCGUCCAAGAAGUCUACAGCGCGGGGCCAUUGGAGCUCCUCGUCAGUCGAAGCGUCGAUGACAAAGACCAGUCCUUCACCGAGUCGUACACGUUCACGAACAAAGGCGCCGCGGCGCUGGACCUGGACAGUCGAGGGACAACGUCUUUGGCCAUUUACACCCCUUUCAACGACCAGUACACGAACACAAGCGAUUGUGUCGCGGCGCGCUCUCAUGCGCACGUCUGGGCGUUUGGAGGAGCUUCUUCCUGGGUUAAGUUGAACCAGAUGGGUGGGAAGCAUCGGAAUCUUGGGUUUGUUUUGACGAAGGGCGCGAUGGUGGGCUACAGUACCGAGGGACGCGACCCAGUCACGCUCUCCAAUACGCGUGGCGUUUUCCUCCUUCAUCCUUCUAUCCCGACGCUCCAGCCGGGCGAGUCGAGCACGAUCGCGUGGACGUGGUUCUGGCCCACCGAUUGGGACGACUUCUUCGAGCAGAGCGCCAAUCGGUCUGAGCAAUUCGUAAGGGUCGAGACAGACGACUACACCUCCGUUCCCAGGGAGACGGGCUCCAUCUCCCUCAGCGGUGCCUCCGUCAAUGCCAACACGAAAGUCAGCGGCCAAGCAGUCCAAUGCGAUGACCAACUCUGCCAUUACAACUUCACCGCCGGGCGUCCAGGUCGGACGAACCUCGUAGUCACGGCAGACAACGGCUACAACUCUACAAUCUUCCUCAACACCGUCCCGAAGUACGACGACCUCAUCGACAGCCGCACCAAGUUCAUCAUCGAAAACCAGCAAGACCACACGCCCGACACCCCAGCCGAGGGAGCCUACCGCGUCUUCGACAACCAAGCCAAUCUCAUCGCGACGUGGGACACCUCCACCGACCGCAACCCCGGCCGCGAGCGCGUCGGGAUGGGCAUUCUCAUGGCGCGCUGGCUUAAAAGAAAUCCCGAGAAUGUCGAGGUGCGGGAAUCGCUGGAGAAGUACUACACUUACGUCUCGACCAAGAUACGAGAAGAGAAUGGUUUUGUGCGCGAUAGACCGAUUGGGAUGGACGGCAGCAAGAAGCGCCUGUACAACUGGCCGUGGGUUCUCCAGUUUCACAUCACCGUUGCGGCGCUCGAUCUCAAUUCGACCGGGACCGUGGCGGAGAAGACGCCCCUGGAGCGCUUCAUGCUAACUCUCGAAAACUUCUACGCAGAAGGCGGUGGCGAGCUGUGCGCCAUCGGCCUUUCUAUCCUCGAAAGUUUACGAGCGCUCGAGAAGCAUGGAAACGAGGAAUGGCUACAGCGCGCCAAGGAGCUAUUCCUCACCCACGGAGAAAACAUCGCGACACGAGGGCUAAACUACCCAUCUUUCGAAGUCAAUUUCGAACAAUCCAUCGUCGCUUCCGCUGCCGUGAUGCUCCUCGAGCUCUGGCGCUACACCAACGACGACAAGUGGCUCGAAGCCGGCAAGCUACACCUCGACACCCUCCUCCUCUUCGCAGGCAAACAGCCCGACUAUCGCCUCCACGACGUCGCGAUCCGUCACUGGGACGGGUACUGGUUCGGCAAGGACCGGAUGUGGGGAGACACGUUCCCGCACUACUGGAGCACGCUGAACGACAUCGCGCUGCAUCACUACGGCAAGGGCCUGAAGAACGAUACCGAAGGCCAGGCGGCGGCGUUGAGGACGGCUGGUGGCAUUAUCCGGAACAAUCUUGCUUUGUUUGAGGCAAACGGGCGCGCGUCGUGUGCGUAUAUUUAUCCGACCUCCGUCAACGGCCGCGCUGGGAAUCACAAGGAUCCGUAUGCGAAUGAUCAGGAUUGGGUGUUAGCUCACUUAUUGCAGAUUGAGGAGGAUGAUGCCUUUGAUGAGUAG